AUGCCCAAACACCAGCACUCAUACCGCCUGAACAUGCCCAAACACCAGCACUCAUACCGCCUGAACAUGCCCAAGCAUCACUCAUACCGCCUGAACAUGCCCAAACACCAGCACUCAUACCGCCUGAACAUGCCCAAGCAUCACUCAUACUGCCUGAACAUGCCCAAGCAUCACUCAUACCGCCUGAACAUGCCCAAGCAUCACCCAUACCGCCUGAACAUGCCCAAGCAUCACUCAUACCGCCUGAACAUGCCCCAACACCAGCACUCAUACCGCCUGAACAUGCCCAAACACCACCCAUACCGCCUGAACAUGCCCAAUCACCAGCACCCAUACCGCCUGAACACACCCAAUCACCAGCACCCAUACCGCCUGAACACACCCAACCACCUGCACCCAUACCGCCUGAACAUGCCCAAGCAUCACUCAUACCGCCUGAACAUGCCCCAACACCAGCACUCAUACCGCCUGAACAUGCCCAAGCAUCACUCAUACCGCCUGAACAUGCCCAAGCAUCACUCAAACCGCCUGAACAUGCCCCAACACCAGCACUCAUACCGCCUGAACAUGCCCAAGCAUCACUCAUACCGCCUGAACACACCCAAUCACCAGCACCCAUACCGCCUGAACACACCCAACCACCAGCACCCAUACCGCCUGAACACGCCCAAUCACCAGCACCCAUACCGCCUGAACACGCCCAAUCACCAGCAGUCAUACCGCCUGAACAUGCCCAAUCACCAGCACUCAUACCGCCUGAACAUGGCCAAACACCACCAGCACCCAUACCGCCUGAACGCGCCCAAACACCACCAGCACCCAUACCGCCUGAACAUGCCCCAACACCAGCACUCAUACCGCCUGAACAUGCCCAAGCAUCACUCAUACCGCCUGAACAUGCCCCAACACCACACCCAUACCGCCUGA